AUGACCCCUGCAUGUGACACGUUUGUGCUUGCAGACACUAGAACAACUUCAACUGCAGAAAGUCCAAGUUAUGUAGCUUGGGCAAGCUGCAUUCCAUCAAGCAGAAACUGUAUUGCUUUGCUUGUGUUUCAGAUCACCUUCUACGAGGGGAAGAAUUUCCAGGGGCGCCGCUAUGAGUGUGACAGGGACAGUUCAGAUUUCCACACUGACCUGAGCCGUUGCAAUUCCAUCCGUGUGGAGGGAGGUGCCUGGGUUGUAUAUGAGCGACCAAACUUUGCAGGGAACAUGUAUGUGCUGACCCAUGGGGAGUAUCCUGAAUACCAGCGCUGGAUGGGCCUUAAUGACCGCAUCAGCUCAUGCAGAUCCAUUCAGUUACCCAGUGGAGGCAAAUACCAGAUUCAGCUCUUUGAGAAGGGUGACUUCAGUGGCCAGAUGCAUGAAUCCAUGGAGGACUGCCCUUCCGUCAUGGAUCAAUUUCAUUUCCGGGAAAUCCAUUCCUGCAAAGUCCUGGAAGGAGCCUGGGUUUUCUAUGAACAUCCCAACUUCCGUGGCAGGCAGUACCUUUUGGAGAGAGGAGAGUACAGUAAACCCGUAGAGUGGGGGGCAGCAUCCCCAGUGGUUCAGUCCUUCCGGCGUAUUGCCGAGUAACAAGCACCCUGGAGCAUGAAACCUAUGUGAA